GGUGUUGCUGAAAAUACUUUUAGUGACAGCGGUUUCAUAUUCAUUGCCUAAUUGAUUCUCCGUUAGAGAAAUGUUGGAAGUUAGGGUUGGAAAACUUCUGAGUAAAAACUAAUAAAGAUAAAUAUUGCAUUGCAUUGCUCUCAUGUGCCCAACCCUCCCUAAAAGCUCAAUGGAUGAGAUUAAGAGGAUUCUGAAAUCUGACGGAAACGGAUUGCAACUAUUUGACCAAGGUUUCUGAUGCAAAUUUGAAGAACCAGGAUUCUUAAUUUCGUACCUUCCAUUCCCUUAGGAGCCAUUUUGUUUAUUGGUUGAUAGACAAAACAAGAAAAGAAAGAAAAGCCAGGGGUCUAAAUUAUGGAAUUGUGUAGGAGAUGGAACCACUUGACUUGGCAAGGUUUUAUAGUUGAUGGGGAGAAAGCUAUUAUUCAGGUUUUAUUUGUUGGUUAGGUUAUUAAAAAUUCACAUUCUUUUAAAACACUCAUAGAUUUGAUAAGAGCACACCAAUGAGCCUAUUUUCUUCGAGGAUUAUGGAAUGGCAAGGAAUGGAUUGAUUAAGCAUCUCACGAGUGACUUCUUAUUUCUUGAUUCAUCAUAUUUUGCCAAGCUCUUGAACCAAUGCACUAGCUCAAAAUCAGCUAGAGACACGAGUUGUGUACAUGCUUGCAUAAUUAAAUUGCCAUUUGCCUCAGAGACGUUUAUCCAAAAUAGGCUCAUUGAUGUGUAUGGGAAAUGUGGGUGUGUAGAUGUUGCUCGCAAAUUGUUUGAUGGAUUGCUUGAGAGAAAUAUUUUCUCCUGGAACUCCAUCAUUUGUGCAUACACGAAGUUCGGUUUUCUUGAUGAUGCCGUAGACAUCUUUGAGAGGAUGCCUGAAGUUGACCAAUGCUCGUGGAAUUCUAUGAUUUCAGGUUUUGAACAACAUGAUCGCUUUGAUGAAGCUUUAAAUUAUUUUGCUCAAAUGCAUAGUCAUGGUUUUCUGAUGAAUGAAUAUUCAUUUGGUAGUGCCCUCAGUGCUUGUGCAGGUUUACGAGAUUUUAAAUUGGGUUCCCAAAUCCACAGUUUAAUAUAUAGGUCAAAUUAUUUAUCAGAUGUGUAUAUGGGCUCUGCUCUAGUAGAUAUGUACUCUAAAUGUGGGAGAGUUGACUGUGCUCGAAGUGUUUUUGAUGGAAUGACCGUAAGAAGUAGAGUUUCUUGGAACAGCUUGAUUACGUGUUAUGAACAGAAUGGUCCAGUUGAUGAGGCUCUUGUUAUUUUUUUUGAAAUGAUCAAAUGUAGGGUUGAAGCUGAUGAAGUAACGCUUGCUAGUGUGGUUAGUGCAUGUGCAACUAUCUCGGCGAUCAAUGAAGGUCAGCAGAUUCAUGCUCGUGUUGUGAAAUGUGAUGAAUUUAGAAAUGAUCUUAUUUUAGGCAAUGCAUUGGUUGAUAUGUAUGCUAAAUGUAACAGGAUUAACAAGGCUAGAAUAGUUUUCGAUCGGAUGCCAAUUAGGAGUGUGGUGUCUGAAACCUCAAUGGUAAGUGGCUAUGCAAAAGCAUCCAGUGUCAAAGCUGCAAGAUGUAUGUUCUCAAAUAUGAUGGUGAAAGACGUAAUUACUUGGAAUGCGCUUAUUGCAGGGUGUACACAAAAUGGAGAGAAUGAAGAGGCACUUAUACUCUUUCGUCUUUUGAAGAGGGAGUCUGUUUGGCCUACACACUACACCUUUGGCAAUCUCCUCAAUGCUUGUGCAAACCUUGCUGAUUUACAGUUGGGCCGACAGGCUCACUCUCAUGUUUUAAAGCAUGGAUUUCGGUUUCAAUCGGGGGAAGAAUCAGAUAUUUUUGUUGGGAAUUCUCUAAUAGAUAUGUAUAUGAAAUGUGGAUCAGUUGAGAAUGGUUGUAAGGUGUUUGAACAUAUGGUGCAAAGGGAUUGUGUCUCAUGGAAUGCUAUGAUAGUUGGAUAUGCACAAAAUGGCUUUGGUAAUGAGGCCCUUGGAGUUUUCAGUAAAAUGUUAGAAUUAGGAGAGAAACCAGAUCAUGUCACGAUGAUUGGUGUUCUUUGCGCUUGUAGUCAUGCCGGGCUGCUUGAUGAAGGCCGCCAUUACUUUCAAUCCAUGAGUGCACAACAUGGCUUGGUGUCAUUGAAAGAUCAUUAUACAUGUAUGGUUGAUUUACUAGGCCGAGCUGGCUGCCUUGAAGAAGCAAAAGAUCUAAUAGAGGAAAUGCCGAUGCAGCCUGAUGCUGUCAUCUGGGGAUCCUUGCUUGCCGCUUGUAAAGUCCAUCGGAACAUCAAAUUGGGGGAAUAUGUAGUAGAGAAGCUUUUAGAGGUAGAUGCUGAGACUUCUGGACCAUAUGUUCUUCUCUCGAAUAUGUAUGCUGAACGUGGAGAUUGGGGGAAUGUUGUGAGAAUAAGAAAGCUGAUGAGAAAGAGAGGAGUGGUUAAACAUCCAGGUUGCAGUUGGAUUGAAAUUCAGGGUCAGUUGAAUGUUUUUAUGGUUAAGGAUAAAAAGCAUCCAAAGAAGAAAGAAAUCUACACGCUUUUGAGAACACUUCUAAAACAGAUGAGACGAGUUGGAUAUGUCCCAUAUGUUGUCAGCAAUGAAAUUGAUGAAGAAGAGAUGAAAGAACAUGACAAUGUCCUCGUCUUACCAAAUUGAAAUGUCAUAUACAGGUGACUAGAUUCUUCUAGCUUCUUCUAACUAAUCUAAAUGGAUUUGAAGGAUAUAAUAAUCAAAGUAGGAAUUAUAUAUUAAGGAUUUUGAGGGGAAAAGCCAAAGCAUUGUUAUAUGCUCACUCUUUUUUGCUAAAAUUCAAUGUAAAGAAGACGUAUAUUGCUCUAACUUUUUAAUCAAAACAUUGUUAGGAUAGAUUGUUAAAUCCUGUAAUGGGUCUAAUCUAUUCUCAUGUUGUAUUUCUAUUUUGUCCAAUAACUUGAAAAAUAUAUCUCAGUUACCCUGUUUAUCUACUA